GAAAAUUGUGUGCGCAUUUAGUUAAAGCAUCUGUAUGCGUUUGAAGGAACAUCAGAGAAAUAGCCAAAUAUCUUGUUAUUAUUAGCUGAAGCUGUAGUAUUAGCUUAUUUUUAUAAUUCGUUUGUUAUUAAAACUAAGACAAACUAACUUCUAACAAAUAUGAUUUGUUAAAACUAAUAUCAAUUAAACUUAUUCACUGUUUUCAGUAAUGGAAUUAAGAAUCGUUGUGGAAUCUUACUAGUGUCAAACAUUUAUUGUGCUUAGAGAUGACUGAUAAAGAAAUUACACGGUAAACAGAAUUUAAUGUGGACUAAUCCAAAGGUGCUCUGCUUUGUAUGAUUUAAGUGGUAGUUAGGUAUAAACUUACAAAGAAUCCAGUAGCUAUAGUGAUAAACUAAGUUAUCAGAUCUUAAAGAUCUUAAAGAUUCAUCCAAAGAUCUUGAAGAUCUUAAAGAUUCCCAAAUUGAUUGUAAAUUAACUUAUUGCAUUUUAAUUAACAAUUGACAUAUAACCUGGCACAAUGAAUCAUUUCGGUAAGAUGCAUUGUUAUGCUUUGGGAUUUCUAUUGAUUACGAGGAUACAUGUGGCACUGAGCACAGAUCCAGCAUCUCCUUCGACCACCAUUAUGGUAGAUGAAGAACCACUUUACUGUCCUAGUCCUGACUGCGAUAGUGAGGAAUGUCAACAUCUGAACAGAUCGGGUUUGUGCAAAGAAGUUGAAGAAGGAAAUAUUGAAUUAACUCGACAGAAUUGCGGAUGCUGCUUUCUAUGUUCGGGUAAAAAUGAUCCUGAAAGGCAAAGAGUGAUAAUCCAUCUAAAAGAUGUAAAUGACGAACCCCCGUACUUCAUCAACCGUCCUUUGCCAAUGCAAGCUGUUGUCCAGCUAAAUGCCCCUCCCGGCACUCCAGUCUUCAAACUCCAAGCCAGAGAUCCAGACACAGAUCACAACAUCCACUACUUCCUAGUCAGGGACAGAACUGGAGGCCGAUUUGAAGUAGAUGAAAGAUCCGGCGAAGUUCGAACUUUAGGUAGUGAUCCUUUUAUGUUGGACAAAGAAUACGUCUUAUAUGUGAAAGCCGAAGAUCACAACGGGAUGACGGAAGACAGGCAACACCAAUCCACUGGAGAAGAAAGACUAUCUAUUAUGGGUGGCAAACGUCCACCACAGUUUUACAUGCAAAAAUAUGAAGCCACUAUACCAGAAAAUCAAAGAAAAGAUUCAGAUAUCAUAGAAGUGAAAGCCAAAUCCUUUGCCGAUAGAGAAAUAAGGUACACCUUAAGGGCUCAAGGUAAAGGAGCAGGAACUUUUAAUAUUGGUCCGACAACUGGAGUUGUGAAACUCGCUAAAGAUCUGGAUUACGAAGAUCUUCGGCAACCUAAAUCCUAUUCUUUAAUUGUCACUGCAACAGAAGAUUCGGGAGGUUUCUCAACUUCAGUCGAGCUUACGAUAAAAGUCACAGAUGUCAACGAUAACGCUCCAAGAUUUGAACUUCCUGAUUACCAGGCACAUAAUGUCGAUGAGGAUGUUGCAGUCGGAACGUCUAUUUUACAAGUUUCUGCAAGUGAUAUGGAUCAAAACAAGAACGCAGAGAUUGAAUAUUCUCUAGAUAAAGAUGACUUUACUAUCGACAAUAAGGGUAUAAUCUACUCCAACAAACGGUUGGAUGCUGACAUCAACAACACUUAUGUUCUCACUGUCCGAGCAACUGACAGGGGGGAUCCCCCUUUGACAGGAACAGCAACAGUACGCAUUUAUACAGAAAAUAAAAAUGACGAACCGCCGAAAUUUAGUCAAGAUGUGUAUACACCGAACGUGGAUGAAAAUGCGGGUCCAAAUACACUCGUUACAACAGUGGUAGCCAGUGAUAAAGAUGGUGAUAACAUCUACUUCGGAUUUGUUGGAGGGGGAACUGUAUCAGGAAUGUUCCAGAUAGAAGAAAGAACAGGUGUCAUACGACUUAUUAGUGGUCAUAUUCAACUGGAUAAAGAUAAGUAUGAGCUUAAUGUAACAGCCCGUGAUGAUGGUGCUUGUUGCAAAAACGGUGCCUUGACGACUCAUACCAGUACAGCCCUUGUUGUGGUAUUUAUAACAGAUGUGAAUGACAAUAAGCCACUUUUUGAAGAAUGCAGUACAUAUGCUCCUCAAGUGGAAGAAGGAGCGCCAAGUGGUACACAAGUCAUCAAAGUUAAAGCAAUUGAUAAUGAUAAAGGACAUAAUGGUCAAGUACGGUAUUCCAUAGUUCAACAGCCAAACCAAAAGGGAACAAAGUUCAUAGUUGAUGAAAUUACAGGAGAUAUACGUACAAAUAAGGUAUUUGACAGAGAAGGAGAUGAUGGUCGUUUUGUAAGCGUAACAGUUAAAGCCACAGAUCGUGGAAAUCCUCCACUUGAAGGAGUGUGUUCAUUUAAAGUAGAAAUUACAGACAUUAAUGACAAUCCCCCUCUGUUUGAUAGACAAGAAUACAGAGAAAAUGUAAAACAAGAUACACCAAAAGGAACAAACAUUUUAAGAGUUUCAGCAUCAGAUGAAGAUGCUGACAAUAAUGGUGCUAUAGUGUACAAUCUCACAGCUCCAUAUGAUCCGACUGAUCUAGAUUACUUUGAAAUAAAUCCAGAUUCAGGAUGGAUUAGCUUAAAAAAAGCAUUAGAUAGAGAUCAAUAUCACCUUCGUGCCAUAGCCCUAGAUAAAGGCAUGCCUCAACACAGGGCCACAGUAGAAGUAAUCAUUGAUGUUGUUGAUCGUGCCAAUAAUCCACCCAUAUGGGAUCAACCAGUUUAUGGACCUAUUUUUAUAAAAGAAAAUUAUAUGGUUGGACAAGUUGUAGCUUCAAUAAAAGCUAGAUCCGGAAUCCCAGAUAAUCCUACAGUAUUUUAUACAUUAAUGAAGGGCAGCACUGAGCAAACAAACAAAAAAGACACCUUUUAUUUGGACCAGAGGACCUCAAAUGGUGACACCUGGGCUGACAUUCAAGUCAAUUACCCUCUUGACUAUGAAAGAAUCCAACAAUACAAUCUGACAGUCAGAGUAGAGAAUAAUGGUGUCCAACAACUGGCUUCCGAGGCCACAGUUUACAUCGUCUUGGAAGACGUGAAUGACGAAAUUCCUCUGUUCAUUGAGCGAGAACAAGAAACUGUUCUUGAAGGCAUGCCACCUGGUACUAAAGUAACUCAAGUACAAGCCAUGGACAAAGAUGGAACCUACCCGAAUAACAAGGUGUAUUAUGCCAUAGAGUCCAAGGAUCAAGGAGACAAGUUCUUCACCAUUGACAGGGAAACUGGCGAAAUCUACACCAGGGUAGAAUUCGACAGAGAAGAGAAGCAAGCCUACGCCAUUUUGGUCCGAGCAGAAGAUGGCGCCGCCUCCGACAGGCCAAAUAUGAAACAAGGAGAGCCAAAUUCAGAGCCCCGAGCAUUAUUACGUUAUUAUAACAAGGAUUUAGCUUUAGUAAGUGCGCUUUUACCAGCGAAAGAUUUAAGCAAGAAUGCUGGACAUAUUGCAUUUACAAAUAUAUAA